AUGAUCACUCGAUUUUUUAUCCUGCAAGUGAUCACCGUUCAUAGGUGGUUCAGAGAAAAUGCGGGACCUUCACACAAACUUUUAGAUCCGAAUACUCCAUUUCUCGAGUUGUCGCAGUUUGCUGGAUAUCAACUUUAUGGACCGUCGGAAGUAGUUCCUGCAGGUGGUAUUCUCACUGGCAUCGGUCGCGUGAACGGCGUUGAGUGCAUGCUUGUAGUAAAUGAUCCCACAGUCAAGGCUGGCAGCUACUAUCCGAUCACAGUUAAGAAGCAUUUACGCGCUCAAGAGAUCGCCAAAGAGAAUAACCUACCAUGCAUAUAUCUUG